AUGGAUGAUCCGAAAGAAAGCCUUGACGAUGGUGAUGACAAGAACGUGAAGCGAAAUCUUCCUUCAUGGAUGGCUUCGAGAGAGAAUGAGAGUAAAUCUCAUGGAAAGAAGCAUACCCAUGUUGGUGCGCAUGGAAAAAGUAACGAAACCCAAAAAAAAUCUUCGCCCUCCAAGUCGAAUGCCUCGGGAUUUUCCAAACUUAUGGAAAGGGUUGUGUUCGUGUUGUCAGGGUUUGUUAAUCCUGAACGGAGUGUGUUAAGGUCGCAGGCAUUGGAAAUGGGAGCGGAGUAUCAACCUGAUUGGAACCCGGAUUGCACCCUUCUGGUUUGCGCAUUUCCUAAUACCCCAAAGUUUCAACAAGUUGAGGCAGGUGGUGGAACUAUUGUUUCCAAGGAGUGGAUAUCAGAGUGUUACAACCAGAAAAAGCUUGUUGAUAUUGAAAGUUACCUUAUGCAUGCUGGUAAACCAUGGCGGAGGCAAAGUACUUCUCACGAAGCCAGCCAAGAUCAAGAACCAUCCAAAUCUCGGAAAUUUCAGAAGCAAGUAGAACGAGGCUCACAUUUAAAGCCAUCUGCUUCGUCCAAGACCGAUUCUUCUAAACCUGCCAAGGAUUUUUUUUCUACUUCUACGCUGAAGAAAUGGGCUAUUAAUGAUUUGAAUAAUACAAUAUCAUGGUUGGAGAGCCAAGAAGAAAAGCCAGAGCCGAGCGUGAUAAAGAAAGUAGCUGCUGAAGGGAUCCUGACUUGUUUAGAAGACGCCAUUGAUUCUUUUAAGCAAGAGCAGGACAUCCGACAAAUAACUGAGCAGUGGAAUUUCAUCCCUCGGGUGGUUGAGGAACUGGCAAAGCUUGAAGGCUCUGGGAGUGGCGCUGGGAGUGGUUCGACUUUACUUUCUAAGGAAGAUCUUUACAGACAAGCUAUGGCCUGUAAACAAAUUUAUGAGGUGGAACUUGGCCAUUCAGAUGAUGAUUCAUUGGUGAAGAUGAAAAAACCAACAACGGAUGGAAGUGAGAGGAGUGCCAAUGCCAGCAAAAGCAUUCUUGCUAGGAAUGCUGUGGCUUAUGACAGUGAUGAAACAAUUGAGAUGACUGAAGAGGAAAUAGAUCAAGCUUACAACACCGUAGCUUCUAAGCUUUGCAAAUGCUAA